AUGGCAAUCAUGCUGAUCCCCUUUCAGCACGUCUUUGAGAACUUUCAUACUUCCAUGAGCCUCCAACCUCCAGAAAUGUUUCACCUGUCCAAUAGGCUAUACUUUUUUACGAGGCGUGGCGGUUCGUCUGGUGUGAUAUUCCUCAUCUCUCUCGGUCUCCCCGUUGGAGCUAUGAUCAACUGCGCAGAUAACACAGGGGCCAAGAAUCUGUACAUCAUCUCUGUCAAAGGGAUUAAGGGACGUCUGAACAGGCUACCAGCUGCUGGCGUGGGUGAUAUGGUGAUGGCCACUGUCAAAAAAGGCAAGCCAGAACUCCGGAAAAAGGUUCAUCCAGCUCUAGUGAUCCGAGAAAGGAAAUCGUAUAGGAGAAAAGACGGGGUGUUCUUGUAUUUUGAAGACAGUGCAAGAGUGAUAGUCAGCAACAAAGGGGAAAUGAAAGGUUCUGCUAUCACAGGCCCCGUCGCCAAGGAGUGUGUAGAUCUGUGGCCGAGGAUCGCCUCCAAUGCUGGCAGCAUUGCAUAA